AAGUCAAUAGCAGCUGUCUUUUAUCAUUCAAAAAUAGUCCGAAAUAUUCUUUGCUCUCAUAAAGAAGCAAAGGACAUUUUUCAUUUUAAUUUAAAUCUAGUUCAAGCCAGCCCGUCAUACACGUCACUGUUCUUGGGAUUAGUGCCGUUUUACUGUCGCUGAAGGAUGGUUUUGUCAUCAUCACAGCAAGUCGUGGUCGCAUUCACGGUUGUGCUAUUUGCUUUUGUAGUUUUGCCAAGAAUGUUUGGCGUUGGAACAACUGGAUCGAAAGAUAAAGCGUUUGAUCCAAGAUACAACAGAAAAGCUGGCCCAGGUCCCGGGCCAGGAGCCGUGAGAGGACAGCCCGUGAGCAUGAAGACCCCCCCUGGCUCCAAAGCUCAGACACUCGAGAACAUGCAACAGAUGAAGAUGAUGAUGGAGCAGGAGAUGAAGAGUGACAAGUACAAACCUAACAGCAACAAGGGCUAUGUGUUCACACUGAUGCCUCUGUAUGCUAUUGGAGUGGGCUUGUUUGCAGCUUACAAGUUUCUGAAGAUCAAGUCUGCAGAUGACACCAAUAUCCAGAAAAACAAGGUUGCCAAAGGAGCCAAGAAAUCAGAGGAGACAGAGAGCCAGCUUACCGAGCUGGAGCAACGACUGGCCCAAACCGAGAAGAUGCUCAACUCUAUCCUCACCCAGUUGGACCCACUGACCAACUGUGUGAAGUCUGUGGCACAGGAGCAGAAGAACGAGAUCAUGUCUCAGCUCCAGACCAUACGCCACCUGAUGAAGAAGAGGGGCAUGGACUGUCCUCCUCUGAACAUCGAAGAACCUUCCUGCGAGAAGAACCUGGACGACCUGAUAGAAUCACUGGCAGCCCAUGAAUCCUUACCUGAGGAGCACACCUCCGUGACCAAGCCACAAGAUGGCGCCGGAGAGGAGAGGGCAGGGGAGCCUCCCCUCCAUCCACAACCCUCAGCGCUGGAGACGAAGGAGACACGCGCGGAGGGAGAGGAGGAACGCCAGCUGGAAAAGCUGGAGGGAGAGGAGGAGGAGGUGGCAGAGGGAGAUGAGGAGAACAUGGACGAUAGGGAGCUCAUGCCAUCUUUAGAGUGUUCCUCUGACACCAACAUUGAGGACAUGGGGCCUGUUCAGAACUUUGCCGAAGAACCGUCUGGUCUCAGACGACGCAACAGACCAGAAUGAACGAUCCAGACUUCUUUCAAACCGUACACAAGUCCAACAAAUGAUUUAUAUUCUUUUAAAUAGCACUACAGUCAUUUAUCAGGAUUGCUUUUUCAUUGAAAAAAAGCACGAGCAAUACAGCUAGUUAUAACUUAUGUGUCAAGACAAUGUGUGUGCUGGUGUGUCAUUGCCCUGUUUGUAUGCAUUUAAUAGCUUUGAACAGCUAAACUUUACCCUAGCUAUGACAAUUGCCAGUGAAUUUCAGGUCUUAGGUUUGUGUGCUUCACCCGACCUUUGACCUUCUAAAGCUUUCUCGUUAGUGACCAACUGUCAGCGUGGCCUCACCUGUGCUGCUGGUUCUCUGUUUCAUUGACUUCAUUGAUGUUCUGUAAGUUCAUAGGACCCUGUUGUCCUUCAUAGCUAAUGCAAGACUCCAAAACCUCACUGUUACAUUUUAUGCAGAUUUGCACGCCAUAGAAUAGUCCACACUACUUAAAACACGACAGCCUCAGUAGACAGAAUCUAGUUGAGCAGUUCGUCUUGUGGCAUGUGUUAUGUGGUUUCCAAUAUUUUAUGCAUGUUUCUGUUUUUCUACCAAAAUAGUUUUGUGGUAGGAUGUGUGUUCUAGUGAUGAAUGUGUUCAGAUUGUUUUAGAGGGAAACGAGUGACAAUCAGGAUAGACUCAUGAAUUUGAUGCUUUAAAUGGCUUGUAAAUGUUUGUUUUUGGAACUUCUUUGUUUGAAAGAAUCCUGUUUAGACGGAAAACAUUUGAUUUAUACACAUCCAUUGAUCGGUUUGCGCUAUAUAUUGUCCUGUUCUGCAUAUACUGUUUCAUAUUUACAGUAGAUUUUUAUAAAAAGUCCUCUGAUGAAGUCUUCAGGUUGAUAUAGUCUCAUUGUGAGAUUUUCGAUUGGGCAUCACAGUUAGCCCUGAGGCUAGCGCAAGUGAGGAAAAACUGUGAAGUGUUUGUAAUAUUGAAGGAUUUAUGUCAAGCAAUCAAUAACCAAUACUAUACUUCCAGAUUCCAAUCUUAACCUUACAAAAAAGUACAUAAGCUGAUAUUUUAAAUUUCAACGCAUUGUACAUAGUUGUUUUUUAAAUUGUGGUGAGCUCAACAUCCUUUGAAAUAAUUUAUUUUGUGUACCUGUUUCCUGUGUAUUCAUGCUGUGUGAUGAAUACUGUGCGUCGAGGGAAACUGAAGCGAAGGAGCACAUGUUCCAUGCCUUACUAGAAAAUAAAGUUGUGAUGUGUGGCUGC